AGGCGGGUCUUCGCAGAAUGCGGAUCAACAAUAACAGGGCCACCAUGGGGUUUCUGCUGUCUAAAUCCAUGGAUGCAAACUUUAAGAAGCAGCAAGAGUUCAUGCUUCAUAAUUCACGGCUGCAGAUGGAGCGUCAGAUCCUGAUGCAGAACCAGAUGAGAGAGAGACAGAUGGCUAUGCAGAUCGCCUGGUCCAGAGAGUUUCUCAAAUAUUUUGGCACUUUCUUUACCAUGGCCACAGUGGGACUCACUGUAGGUGCCAUUAAAAGAAAGAAACCAGUCCUGUUGGCUCCCAUCGUUCCUCUCGGCUUCAUAUUUGCCUACCAGAUGGACAGCGCCUAUGGGACACUAAUUUAUCGUAUGAGGGGGGAGGCUGAGAGUAUUAUGACAUCUGAACAUGACCGACUGGACUUGCCUAACGGGACUCCAACGUUUGAUAGCAUAGAGAAGGCCCGCCGCGCUAGAAGCACCCUCACUUCCUUCCUGGAGAAAUGACGUGUUGGUUGUUUGACAACUGAGACAGAGUCCGGACUGUCCAGUUGGUGCCUUCAUCUGUACUGCUUUUGCUUAAUUAUGGGAAAACAGUCAAAUACCACUUGCCUUUUCUGAAGUUAAUGAGUCCAUGGUUUGCACUAAUUCUAUAUCAUGGACCUUAAGUUAAAUUAGUCUCAAUAUUAUAAAUAUAAUAGUGAUGUUGCUGUGUUUGUGGGUUAUUGUUGUUCGAAGUGUAUCAGUUGCCAAAAUCUUUUUCAGCACUGGACCUUGUACUUUAUAAAGGAGACUGACUUUCACUAAACUGAAAUACGAGUUAAUACUUAAAUUAGUCAGUCAGUCAAGUGUCAUAUCAUGAAUUGAAUAAGUAUUUGUGUCAAUAACAUUUAUCCGUUGUAACAUAAUCACCUUGAGUGAAUAUGCCUCCACAAGUUGUGUUUCUAUGCUUGUUAAUUACAUUUUUAAUUAAAGCUGCAUUAAGGGAUUUUUGAACACUGGAAGGAAGAAAAACUCCAAAACAAACUCAAUAACCCUUUCCCAUAAUCCCCUUUAAUUCUAGUUUGGUUGACAAACUCCUAUCUUACUUAAAUUUUGGGGGUUUACUUUGAUUUUGUGCAACAGCUGCCUGCAUUCAUGGAGUGAUCAAAUAAAAUCUUAAUACCAAAAGUAUCACUUAAUGAAGCUUUAAUUGUAAAGAAUCUCAACACUGCAAACAGCGGAAGAUGCUUCUUACUCUUAAUUAAUUGUUUAGUCCAUCAACAGAAAAUUAAGCUGCAUAACACAUUUGAAGGCAUCACUUUGGGCUCUCAGAACUUGUGAUGGGAAUUUUUAAAAAAAUAUUUUAUAGACUAAACAAUGAAUCAAAAAAUAACAAGCCAGAUUAGUAAAUUACAAAAACAAUUGUUUCUGAAAGAAGUGCAUUUGUUAAGGUGAUGAGCUUUAUACUAAAGGUAGAGACACCUUUGGGGCAUCAGUAUGUUUUAUUUUUAUUCUUAUAAUACUAUUCAAUGGAUGUAAAAUAUGACAUGGUGCUGCUAUUUAUGCAUUGUAUAUUUACCAUCAUUUCAACUAAUUUUUGACAUCAUGGAAACUACAUUUGUAAAUUCAAUAAAAAGAAAUAUUGUUCUUUC